AUGCAACUGACCCGGGAAGAGGACUCGGCCAGGGGGGACUCAACGCCGCCGACUUCUCGCAGGUCUCCGGGCAAGAUGUGCAGCGAGUGCUACGAAAACCAAACGUUUAUUAAUGACGAUGGCAGCGUGAGCGCCCGCAAGACACGCUUGUGUAAGGGACCGCGCCACACCAUGAGCAGCACCAGCGGGGUGAUCUUGGACAUUUCCAGGUUGAAGAUGGAGCAAAUGGAGAGCGAAGUGCCACCGUUGCCACGUCGCUUCCGCUUCCGAGACCUUCUUCUCGGGGACCAGAGCUUCCAGAACGACAGGGUGCAAGUUGAAUUUUACGUGAAUGAAAACACCUUCAAGGAGCGUCUGAAGUUGUUCUUCAUCAAAAAUCAACGAUCAAGCCUCAGAAUCCGCGUGUUCAACUUCUCCCUGAAGCUGCUCACCUGUCUGCUCUACAUCAUCCGAGUGGUGACGGACAACCCAGUACAGAGCGCAAACGCUACCCACAGCCCGAGCCAAACGAAUGCUAUCGGUGGGAACACCAAGUGCAUGGACUGUCCCUGGAAUGGAUCGGUGCAGGAUCGGGACAUUAACUGGGAGUUGAUCUUUUGGGUGGACAGGAAAGUACCUGUUUGGGCUAUUCAAGUUACAGUGGCCAUCAUCAGCUUCCUGGAAACAAUGCUGCUGAUGUAUCUGAGCUACAAGGGUAACCUUUGGGAGCAGAUAUUCCAAGUUUCCUUUCUUCUGGAGAUGAUCAACACCGUUCCUUUCAUCAUCACGAUCUUCUGGCCCUCCAUAAGGAACAUUUUCAUCCCCGUCUUCCUCAACUGCUGGCUUGCCAAAUGCGCUCUGGAAAACAUGAUUAAUGAUGUCCACAGAGCAAUCCAGAGAACCAACUCGGCCAUGUUCAACCAGGUGCUCAUCCUCAUCUGCACUCUGCUUUGCUUGGUCUUCACUGGCACAUGUGGAAUCCAGCACCUAGAGCGAGCAGGGAAAAACCUCUCCCUGUUCAACUCCUUCUACUUCUGCAUCGUCACUUUCUCCACGGUAGGUUUUGGCGACGUCACACCCCGGAUUUGGCCGUCGCAGCUUUUGGUGGUCAUCAUGAUCUGCGUCGCCCUGGUGGUGUUGCCACUGCAAUUUGAGGAGCUGAUGUACCUGUGGAUGGAGAGCCAGAAGUCCGGGGGGAAUUACAGCCGCCACCGCGCGCAGACGGAAAAACACGUGGUGCUGUGUGUUAGCGCGCUUAAAAUCGACCUGCUUAUGGACUUCCUCAAUGAGUUCUACGCCCACCCCAGACUGCAGGAUUACUACGUGGUGAUACUGUGUCCAAGUGAAAUGGACCUGCAGGUGAGGAGAGUCCUUCAGAUCCCUCUGUGGUCGCAAAGAGUCAUCUAUCUCCAGGGAUCUGUUCUCAAAGACCAGGACCUGCUGAGAGCCAAGAUGGACGAUGCCGAGGCCUGUUUCAUCCUAAGCAGCCGUAACGAGGUGGAUCGCAUGGCAGCGGACCACCAGACCAUCCUGAGAGCCUGGGCCGUCAAGGACUUUGCUCCAAACUGUCCACUUUAUGUUCAGAUCCUAAAACCUGAAAACAAGUUCCAUGUCAAAUUUGCAGACCAUGUUGUAUGCGAGGAGGAGUUCAAGUAUGCCAUGUUGGCUCUCAACUGUGUGUGUCCCGCCACCUCGACCUUGGUUACGCUCCUUGUGCACACCUCCAGUGGAAGGGAAGGACAACAGUCUCCGGAGCAGUGGCAGAGGAUGUACGGAUGUUGCUCUGGCAACGAGGUCUACCACAUCAGGCUGAGCGACAGCAAGUUUUUUGGGGCGUACAGCGGCAAAAGCUUUACAUACGCUUCCUUCCACGCUCACAAGAAAUAUGGAGUGUGUUUGAUUGGCAUAAGGAAGGAGGAGAACAAAAGCAUCCUAUUAAACCCUGGCCCACACCACAUCAUGACUGCCACAGACACCUGCUACUACAUCAACAUCACAAAGGAGGAAAACUCCGCCUUCAUCUUCAACCAGGAGGAACAUAAGGGACGCGGCGGCGUUGGAAUCUAUGACGGACCCUCGCAGCUUCCUGUGCACAGCAUCAUCGCCAGCAUGGGCACCGUGGCUAUUGAUCUUCAGAACUCCAGUCCGCCUGACAUUUCAGGCACCAAACUGGUGCCACCCGCGCUCAACGGAACGGGCACUCGCCGACCGAGCAUCGAUCCGGUUCAGGAGAUUGCAGACUCCUCCUCAAUCCUGCCAUGUGACCUCCUUGGUGAUCAAUCAGAAGAUGACUCUGUUUUCACUGAUGAGAGAGGCCCCUGGCCCACUGAGUAUGUGAAAGGUUACCCCCCUAACUCUCCUUACAUCGGAAGCUCGCCCACCUUGUGCCAUUUGCUGGCUGAGAAAGCCCUAUUUUGCUGCCUACGUCUGGACCAGGGUUGCAGGCACAACAGCUCUGAAGACGCCAAAGCUUACGGUUUCAAAAACAAGCUCAUCAUCGUGUCUGCUGAGACAGCAGGGAAUGGUCUCUAUAACUUCAUAGUGCCUCUCAGAGCCUAUUACAGACCCAGGAAAGAACUCAACCCUAUUGUCUUACUGCUGGACAACCCGCCUGAUAAUCACUUCCUGGAAGCUAUCUGCUGCUUCCCUAUGGUCUACUACAUGGCAGGGGCCAUAGACAAUCUUGACAGUCUGCUUCAGUGCGGCAUUAUAUACGCCGAUAAUUUGGUUGUCGUGGAUAAAGAGAGCACGAUGAGUGCAGAGGAGGACUACAUGGCCGACGCCAAAACUAUUGUUAAUGUGCAGACAAUGUUUCGGUUGUUUCCUAGCCUGAGCAUCAUCACAGAGCUCACACAUCCAUCCAACAUGAGGUUCAUGCAGUUUAAGGCAAAGGACUGCUACUCUCUGGCUCUAUCCAAGCUGGAAAAGAAAGAGCGUGACAAAGGCUCCAACUUGGCCUUUAUGUUCCGCCUCCCCUUCGCCGCAGGCCGAGUGUUCAGCAUCAGCAUGCUCGACACACUGCUCUACCAGUCUUUUGUUAAGGACUAUAUGAUCCUCAUAGCACGGUUGUUGCUGGGACUAGACACCACUCCAGGAUCAGGAUACCUCUGCGCUAUGAAAGUAACAGAGGGAGACCUAUGGAUUGGUACUUAUGGAAGACUAUUCCAGAAACUCUGCUCAUCCAGUGCGGAAAUUCCAAUAGGGAUCUAUCGGACAGAGUCCCACAUUUUCUCCAAUUCUGAAUCUCAGGCAUCUGUCAACGAGUGUGAGGACACAAAAGACCGGAGUCAAGAGUCCCAGCGCCCCAACGACCAGUCAGAACGCCCUCUGCUUAGGAAGAAGAGCAUGCAAUGGGCGCGUCGUCUGAGUAAGAGAAGCAUGCGGUGGCAGGGAACGAGCCGGGACUCCACCAAGGACAAUGCCCAGCGCAUCGCCCAGCAACGACUCAACCUCUACCGACGCUCUGAACGGGAGGAGCUUUCUGAGCUGGUGCGCAACCGCAUGAGGCAUCUAGGGCUUCCCACCUCAGGAUAUGAGGACUUGAACAAUCUGACAGCCUGUGAUGUUAUGAACAGAGUCAAUCUGGGAUACCUGCAAGAUGAGCAGAACGAACACCAAAACACCCUGUCCUAUGUCCUGAUUAACCCUUCACCAGACACCCGUCUGGAGCUUAAUGAUGUUGUGUACUUGAUACGCUCCGACCCUCUGGCUUACGUCCCUGAGGAGCCUCCAGUCCACAGCAGCAGUCUGAAAGAGAGGCACGAGUCCAGCUUUGAGACCAGAGAAGACACACAACACUGAUGACUUGGUCUUACCUGGAGGUCUGC